ACAGCCGGGCCCAAAGCCACUCGCGCACCCAGCCUCCCUCCGUCCCUGUCCCUCCAGGCUCCAGCGAAAGCGCGGCCGUGCUCGGCGCCAAACUGCUUCUCGGGCCGCCGCCACCGCCUCACGGCCUCAGCAGCAGCGCCGCUCCUACCUCGGCCCGAUCUCUUCCACUGCUGGUUAUUUUCUGUCUUCAGCGCACUGGAUCGAUCCAUCGCUUGUUGGUACCUAAUUUAGGUGCGGAUGCAGUUUAUUCUCAAAUUUUUUGUGAGGUUGUAACUUCUCCCGAGUUAGCGUCCGAGCAGGAUGUUCUUGCACCAGCAAGAACCUGAGGCUGAUUAGCAUGCCCAGCUUCAAAACAAGGUCAGCAGGCUAGCAGCAUGGAGGAUAAGGAUAAAUCAGACGGCUGGGAUGAGGAUUUGGAAGAAGCUGAUGAGUUGGCGUGUGUGCAAAAAUAUCCUGUUAGCACCUCUUUCCUUGCUUCUGGAAUAAGCAGAAGGAACAAAAGUGAAAAGAAACCCAGAUUCUCAAUACGAGGACAUGAUUUUGUUCCAUAUGAUGUAAAGACAGAAAUCUUGCAUAUCAGGGGCCAUGAAGGUACAUAUGGAGUGCCAUCAACUAAACUUUCACAAACUAUGGUGGCUGAACGGUUGGAAAAUAUCGAGGAAGAAUCUGAAGAUUUGACCCCGGAGCUCCCCCUUCAUACCAAGAAAGCAAAUACUUCAGUUUCAGAGCUUCUGGAAGAUUUACAGGGUAGAAGUGGUUCCUCUGUGAGGAAACCAUAUAUGUUGCAACAGCACACGCUGAAUAUUAGAGAGCAAGAAGUUUCAUCCAGAGUGCCACCAGCUAAAGCUUCACAAGCUUUGAUGGCUGAACGUUUUGGAAAUAGCAAGGAAGAAACUGAAGAUCUGCCAUCAGAAUUUGCUCAUCCGAUGAAGAAAGCAAAUCUUUCGGUUGCUGAACUUCUAGAAGAUCUACAGGGUAGAAGUAGCUCUCCUGUCGGGGCAGCAUCGUUGCGCCGACACACGGGAGCUAAAGAUUGGACCGCUUCCGAGAAGAAAACUCUAGCUAUUCUGGGAGAGAGUAUUGACAGUGAGGAUCCCUUGGAGCAUAUAACUGAUGGAACAUCUAGUGAGGAGGAAGAUGUUACUGAAAACCACUUGGCUUUGGUGAACAAAGAUGUGAAGCACCAAACUAUGGCUGACCUAUUCCAAGAAGUUUUCGAUCCAUCAAACCUGGAGGUUGCCAUGCUUCCAAUGAGAUCCACUGGGGCUGGUUAUCAUGGAAGGAUGCAACAGAUUAUGCAGAUGGAAAAAGAUAGGCAUGCAGAGUUCUUGAGACAGUUUAAUAUAGAGAAAGGUUAUUUAGGUGAUUCAAAGGGAAUUACUGUUCAGAUUAUGUCAAGGUCGUUGGAAGGAAAGCUAACAGUCUGCCACUGCUUGUUCCAGGAAAAGAAUAAUUCUACCAUUACACGUGAAGCCUCAACAGACCAUGCUAUGUGUGAAAGCAGAACUAUGGGGACCAUUAUAUUUAGUCCAAAGAUAUGUGACAAUGUGGAUCUUCUGGUAGGAAACAUAAUUCGCAUCUUCCCACCAUGGAAGGAAAUUAGAUUACAAGAGGAGGACGUGAUCCUUUGCACCUACUUUUCGCAUCAUGGGGCAUGAUUGUGGAGAUUCUACUGCACUGCGAGCCGACAAGCUUAACCGUGUCUGAAGUCAUGGUGGUUGCCAAUCAAACGCUGCCUGCUGGUUGCUUAGAACCCUUAGAUGUUGUUCAUGUACUAGGUGAUUCGAACAAUCGGUACAGUUUACAAUCCGAAGCUGUUGUAUUGUUGAGCCGUUCAUCCCUGACGAGCGUGUGGAGCAUAGGUGCUGAUGUUGAUCUCACUGUGGCUUUCAUAACAGAGCCUGUUUGGCUGUUUUUCCUUCA